AUGCGCAAUUCGCACGUUCCUUACCCGCCCCUCCCGUUCUUCUCGUGGAUUGCGGUUUUCCUAACAGCGCGCUCCAUUGGAUUUCCGAUCGCCGUGUGUUCUCACGCAUAUUUGUCAUGUUCGUGUAACCAUUUUCGCAAUCGUCGCAAGCAGCGCACGAGAAUCAGCUGCGCCGAUCGAGGUCGGUUGGCGGCGUUGAGGUCGCUCACCAACCCCUCCCUCUUCCACCCCUCCCUCUUCCACCCCUCCCUCUUCCACCCCUCUCUCUCCCACCGCGCUCUCUCCCACCGUGCUCACUCCCACCGCACUUACUCCCACCCCGCUCACUCCCACCGCGCUCACUCCCACCGCGCUUACUCCCACCCCGCUCACUCCCACCCCGCUCACUCCCACCGCGCUUACUCCCACCCCGCUCACUCCCACCGCGCUCACUCCCACCGCGCUUACUCCCACCCCUCGCAUGCCAUUGCUCAACUCAUCAGCUUCCCCUCACAUGCCCUUCGCAUGCCCCUCCCCUCACAUGUCCUUCUCCUCACAUGCCCCUCUUUCCUCACGCCCCUCACAUGCCACUCACAUGCCCCUCACAUGUUCCUCACAUGCCCCUCACAUGCCCCUCACAUGCUGCUCACAAGCCACUCACAUACCCCUCACUGUGUUCAUGAGGCGGCAGGAGCUCCCCCACCCCGACGCCCACGCCCUGCGCCAGGAAGCCAUCUGCGCAUCCCUCUACCUGCUCCCCCCCUUUCCCUGCUUCCCCCCUCUCCUGCUUUCCCCCUCUCCCUGCUCCCCCACUCAGCCAGCCAGCAAAGCGGCGCGACCUGGCGGAGGCGGGGGGGCGGGUGGGCGAGGAGAAGCAGUUGUGCGCCCAAGCACAGUGAGUGGCUGCGCUGCCUCCGAGAGGAGCUCAUGCUGCUCAGGGUGAGAUGGGGAGAUGGCAUGGCUGCACCUCAUGCUCAUGCUGCUGCGGAUCGAGCGGCAGAACUGCAUGCUGGACCACACGCCCUCCCACCGCCCCUCUUGCUUGAACUCCCAUUCCACCCAGGGACGGCAGCAGCACAUGCAACAAAAACGUCAGCACAAGCAGCAGAAGCGGGGGUGAUGCCACGUGCCUCCAAGAGCCCCCUGCUCGCGGGCAGGCACACCUGGUCGCUCACUGACUUGGACCAUGAAGCGGGCGGCAUGCAGCGAUGGUGGCGGCUGAGGCCGCAGCAACGGGCGGGCAGCGCAUGGUGCGCAU